CAGCAACAGCUCAAAGCCCAGCUCCUAGUUUCCAAGGAAUAUUCAAUACCAGAACUCAAAAUGAACUUCUACAAGGUCUUCAUCUUCGUUGCGCUCAUCCUGGCCAUUAGCUUGGGUCAAUCCGAGGCUGGUUGGUUGAAGAAGAUUGGCAAGAAAAUUGAACGCGUUGGCCAGCAUACUCGGGAUGCCACCAUCCAGGGAUUGGGUAUUGCCCAACAGGCUGCGAAUGUUGCCGCCACGGCCAGGGGUUAAGAUUAUUUGCAAUAUCUGUUUAUUUAUUUAAAAAUGUAUGU